AUGAGUUUCUUCGUCGGCCUGACAGCAGCACUCCUGGGCAACAGCACAGCGUCGGCACAUCGGAUUGGUUACGAAGCCGGAUAUUCGAGCAGCCUCGAUAUUCGCUCGCGCAGUAACUCGCUAACCGGCCCCUCCUUCAGCCAGCGUGCUAAGCUGUGGAUAGUGGGCCUGCUGAUGAACUAUGCGGGCGAGCUGUUUGGCAAUUCCGUUGCGCUGUCGUAUCUGUCGGCGUCGGUGGUUGCGCCACUGGGAAUCAUCGCAGUUAUUGUCAAUAUGGUGCUUGCUGAGCGGUUCCUAGGCGAGCGCAUCACGCCUAACCAGCGGUACGGAUUCAUGGUCAUCAUGGCCGGAGCUGCAGCCGACGACGCUGUGCAGUUUAUUGAGGUGGUAUCGACAUCGGGGAUUCUUGGGCUGUUUGGUCUCUUCUACAUUGUGCAGGCAGCGCUGAUUACACUGAUUCGCUCGGGCCGGCAGUCGCUGUUCCUGUAUGUGCUGGUGGCCUCGCUGUUUGGCUCUAUGAACGUCAUGGUGUCCAAGAUCCUGACCAUGUUUAUGCGCCUGCGCUUAUCGUACUCGUCGAUCCCGAACCCCGCCGACAUUGUGUUUUACGGGGCAGUGGAGGCUGCCAAGGUGCGCCCGGCGCUGCUGUUCCUGACUGGGCCCCAGGUACUUGCUGCCAUUGUCAUGGUGGCAUCGAUUAUCGGCCAGGAUAUCCCGGUCAUGGAGUUCCAGCCUGUGUUCUUUGCCACGUUCAACGUUGUUGCCACGCUGUCAGGUCUGCUGCUGUUCAAGGAGCUCGACGGCUGGAUGCAUGGACUGGUCUUUUUCUCGGCUUUCUUUGUCGGUAUUGGCUUUAUCCUCUACGGCUCAAAGUUCUUGCAAAAGGCAAGGUCGGUCAGUCUGCCCUCGCACAUCCGCCUGCACAAGGAAAACCUAAAGUCUCUCUAA